AUGGAAAUUUCUAAUGAUGCUCCUAUAUCCGAUAUAACUGAUAAUGCUCUUGCAUCCAAUAUAUCUGUUAACGCUUCAAAUUCUAACGACGUUCAUGAACAAAUUGUCACACAUAAUGGGAAAUCUGUCGUAUCUAGCCACGAGACACAAAGUGUCAUUUCUCUCGAAAUAGUAUCUGCUUCCGGCAAUUCUGAUAUACAACAGGAAUUAGAGACUUCCACAUCUCCUAUUCCCACGGAAACUAUAUCAUUGGAAGAGAAAGAAGAAAAUGAAUUUCUGGAUUCAACAUAUAGGAAACAGGUUAGUAAAGAGAUAAUUCAGAGCAUUAGGGAGAAGAAACUUCGGGAUCAAAAUGCAGACUUAUCUUUAGUUAAUCAAACUGACACUACCUCUGAAAUACUUGAAUCAGAUGAUCAAAUCGUAGAAGGUUUAAUACAAGAGAUGACAUAUAAUCAAGCACAAAAUAUUGUUUCUUCCGGAAUUAACCCAUCUUCAAAUAACGCUAAGAUAGAUUUUACUGAAAUUAGUAAAUCUUGUAUACAGGAUAUGAUUCCGGGUUCUGCACAAAGUUUAUCUGACUUAUUUGAUAAAGCAAUUAAAUCGGGUCAAAAACAAAUUUUGUGCUGGUAUUAUUAUUCUCUUGAGUUCGAAAAUAAGGUUAAAAGUCUUACGGGAGAUGGUAAGAUCAAAGAUAAAACUGCCAGAUCACAAAUAUAUAAAGAAAUGAAACCUUUUCUACCUACCAUUACUGAUGCAAAUCUACGUAAAAAAACUCAAAGAGCUCGAAAAAUUCUUACACUGUUUGGAGAAGGAGGAGUAGGUGUAGCUAAAAUUAAACAGAUUUCAUAUAGCGCUCGUACUAUUUCAGGAUUAACAAAUGCUCAAAUUCAAUAUGUUAUAAAUCAAGUGACUUCAAAAACCGUGACCAUUGGUCACGAUCGGAUUAAUGUAGAGGUAAGUGAUCUAACUAAAACACUAAUCUCCAAUUCUUCCGAUUCGAAAGUACCACCUAUCUCUAAACCCAAGGAGGAUUUACCAGAAUCCAAGAAGACCUUAUCUGAAAAACAAAAUAAUCCAGUCCACACCCAUGCUAAUUUCCGCAACAAAACAUUGGAGCAAUAUCCCGAUAUAUUUUAUGAAUAUAGUAAUGAAGGUGUCGAUUAUUAUGGAAUUAAUUCUGAGUCAUUAUGCCCAAUAUGCAAGUUAAAUCAUGAGGAUGGGGAAGGUGUAGAGGGCAAUUACGAGGCCGGAUCCUACUAUAUCAAGUGUGAAGCAUCCGAAAUUGAUAUGAUCCAGUACAUUGCCCAUGCCAGCUCUGCUGAUGCUGAAAUAAUUAUAUAA